UGAAAUGUGAACAAUUUAGUUCGAUUUGUUCCGUUAAAGUAGUUACCAGUAGUUGCCCAGAGAAAGUGACACUCGAAAAGUGGUUGUUGAAGAGUUAGACGGAAACGGAUAUCAAACAUUAAUAAGUUCAAGGACAUCAUAAUUUAACCAAAAUGGUGAAGGACGAUCCUGAAACAGCUGCUCUCAAGCAGGAAAUUAACGAUAUGAUACAAAAAUUUAAGGAUGCAGGAAAAGCUCAAGCUGAUUGUAAAUUAGAGGAAAAGUGCUCGGAUAUGGCAGAUGUACCGAAAAUAAGACUUAUGUCGAAAAAGAUCCUUAAAGGACACAUCAAUAAAGUUAAUUCGGUACAUUUUGCUGGUGAUAAUAGGCAUUGCGUUACAGGAUCGUUGGAUGGCAAACUAAUUAUAUGGGACACAUGGACUGCUAAUAAAAUUCAAGUCAUACCACUUAGAUCGGCUUGGGUUAUGACGGUGGCUUUUUCACCAUCGGGAAAUUUCGUCGCUUGCGGAGGAAUGGACAAUCAGUGCACAAUCUAUGAUGUCAACAACCGAGAUGCAUCUGGUGUAGCUAAGAUGACCAGAGAACUGCUGGGCUAUGAAGGAUUUUUGAGCUCAUGCCGAUUUCUCGACGACAAUACACUUAUAACUGGCUCAGGAGAUAUGAAAAUUUGCCAUUGGGAUCUCGAGAAGGGUGUCAAAACGAUGGACUUUAACGGACAUGCUGGUGAUAUUGCAUCAAUUUCGCUUUCACCUGACAUGAAAACCUAUAUAACUGGUUCUGUGGACAAAACGGCUAAACUUUGGGAUGUACGUGAAGAAAAACACAAACAAAUGUUUUUCGGACAUGAAAUGGAUGUUAAUUCUGUUUGCUAUCACAAUAGUGGAUAUGCAUUUUCAACUUGUUCAGAAGAUCAAACGGCCCGUUUAUAUGAUAUAAGGUCUGAUCAACAAAUUGGUCAUUAUGAGCCACCAAACAAAAAUACUGGUUUUACAUCUUGUGCUUUAUCUUAUAGUGGAAGAUAUCUUAUUUGCGGUGCAGUUGAGGGUAAUAUUCAUGCGUGGGAUACCAUGAAAGUUGUCCACAAUGGAAUACUUACUGGACAUGAGAACCGAAUUACAUGCAUAGCCAUGACACCAAAUGGCAUGUGUUUAGCUUCAACUAGCUGGGAUCAGCAAGUCCGCAUCUGGGUCUAAGCGAAAUUGCUUAUUUAAAUUUAUCAAUUUAUUCAAAGGAAUGUUUUUAUCAUGUUAUGAAUUAAUAAAA